AACAUGUCCCUCUCUCUCUCUUCCUUUCUCUCUCCCUCCCCUCUCCCUCUCCAACACUCCCAACUUUCUCCCCUCUAUUAAGUUCCAAGCUUCUUUCAAUCUGAAGUGAACAACAUAUACCAAACAGGGGGUGUUCCAGAAAAAAUAGACGCCAUCCUUCCUCGUCACCCAGUCCUCUCCUCCUCCACCUUUCUCUCAUCACUCCCUUUCUCCCAUCUUGUCUACUCCCAUACUGAACCAUCCAUCUCUCUCUCCCCUUUCCUCCGUUCUCCAUUCUUCAUCCCCACAUCCACCUCUGAACUGCUGUUAUCUGUGUCUCUACCUUCCUUCUGUCUUCAACCUUCCUUUCUUCUUUUUGGGGUUCACCCCCCUUCAAUAAUUUCCCUGCUUCUCUCUCUUCACUCUCUUUCCCGUCCUCUUCCCUCUUUCCCUCCCUUCCUCUCUCCAUCCGGCCUCUCUCGGCCUCUGGUAGAGGUCAACAUGUGGGCCAACUACAUUGUCCAGCCGGAGGAGGAUGGCCGUAUGGGGGUGGUAGGAGCUGGGGCCCAUGGGGGCCUGGCCGGCCUGGCAGGGGUGAAGGGAGGGGGGCGUGCUACGAGGCGGACCCCUAGGAUGAGUGACAGCCAAGAGGGGAAGAUCAAGCUGGCGUUCUUUGUGGCCAUUGUGGGUGUGACCCUGACAGUGCUGGGGGUGGGAACAGAGUUCUGGGUGGAGCUGGCCACGCCCAAGACCUGGAGUAACAACCAGACGUGUCAGACAGCCCACUACGGCCUGUGGAAGGGGUGUACCCGCACCCUGUGGGUGGACGACAUCGACCCAGAGAGAGAGAGCUGCGGCCCCGCCGAUCUGCCCGGAGAAUCCAACUGCACUUACUUCAAAUUCUUCACCAAUGGACACAACGCAGUCAUAUUUAAUAAGACGACCCACAAGAACCUGAACAUAGCGGCUGCUAUCCUAGCAAUGAUAGCUCUGUCUAUGAUGGUGAUGGGAGCAAUCUGUAUCACCAUGUCCCUCAGUAAAGGAGUGCCCUUCUUCCUCAAGCCCGCCUCCUUCUGCUUCAUCCUAUCAGGUCUACUGGUCCUGCUGUCUAUACUGGUGUUUCACCAGUCAGUGCUGGCCCUGUUGUCAUCUGACCACUCCAUACCGCUCCACCACGAGCUUUCCUGGUCCGUGACCUGUGUGGGCUUCGCUGGGGCCAUCCUCAUCAUAGGGGGAAUCCUUUUCCUGAUCCUCUCCCUCCCCUAUAGCUCCUGGGAGAAAUGUCUGCCUCAAUGCAACAGCAGCACUACCUAGCACAAUGGAGGCCCAAAAGAGGCCCAAAAGCACAUAACUGGGGGAAAAAUGUUUAGUUUUAUAUCAGGAUUGUAAUCAAACUCCAGUCCUCGAGGGAUUUAGUUGCUGGCUUUAGUUGUCAGGUAUAAAUCAGACACUGAUCAGAACAACUACAACCAGUAGACACUGAUGCCACCCAGGAGUUGAGUUGGAGACCCCUGUUUAUAUUGUCAGUUAUAUUGUAAAACUAGACUGAAAGACUGACUAACUUAUAGGUCGACACAGUGUUUACUUAAUGCAAUAACAAUGAUGCUCACUAACUGUGCCUAGAACUCUACAAGCCUGCCCUAAAGCCUGCGACCUUACCAGAAAACACUAUGUAGACCACAACUUCCCCACUUUUUGGCAUCAUGACCAACCUAUAGCUUUUAGAAGUUUCUGAUGACCUACCAAAGAACAAGCAAUGUUUCUAAGCAGAACCCGGUCUUUACCAGGGGGGUAAUGCUGGGUUAAACAAAACCAAAGCAUGGAUUGAUGUCUUAACGUGUCCAUUGACUGCUAACAGGGUAAGGAAACCAAUAUGUCAUUUAGUUAUUGAACUAGUUCUUUAAACACAACGCCAACCACACUGUAGUUGUAGAUAAAGACCCAGCAGUGUGGUGCAGCAUCCUGUCUGUACUAUGAACUAUGUACUAACCAUUACUUAUUGAUAGUGUUACUUAGCCAAUGAAAUGGUAAUGUGGUAACCAUGGUAACAUGUAGGUCACUACCGUUGCUAAGGGAGGAGAUGCUAUAUUGUUUCCAGGAAGUGGCAUAGCCAUCCCUGCUACAUGAAACGCCUUGCAGGUUGUCACUAUUAAUCUAUUAUGAAUGAUUAUGACGCCUUACACUUAAUACCUAGAAAUAAUAUAUUCUCUAUUUAUUAUCUACACAUUGUCCACAUGAAUGAAUGCUGUUUUUAAGUAAGAAUGUGUGAAUGAUUGAAUGUAUGUAUGGAAGUAUUGUAUGGACUCACUUUACAAGCACAGCUCUGUAUAUAAAAUAUGUGUUUAUAUUUUAUUUAUACCUGUAGCCUUUUGUUCAAGCUUUGUUUUUAGUUUUUAGCUUAUUCAAACCCUUUUAUCAUCAUGUGUUUUAUUUGUCUUAAUAAAGCCCACCUUGUCUUUCUCUACCUACAUGUUUAUUUGGGGAAAUGCACAUUGUGCCUAAAUGGUCCUAUGAUCAUAUGUAUGUCUCAAUGGGUUUGCUUUUGAAAUAAAUAGAUUUGACAUAAGAAACA